CUCUCUCUCUCUCUCUCUCUCUCAAGAUCAAGACUUUCUCUUAAAACACUUUCAAUCAAGAUCAAGACUUUCUAUUCCUAAACACUUCCAAUCCGAAUCUUUAAACCGAAAAUCGAACAAUUUCUUCCCUACUACCUCGGACUCUGUCUCCUAUCUGUCACACGCAGUUUCUUAUUUUCUCUUCACACUUGUUUACACCUUCCAAUCAUAUCUCAAUGAAACUUUCCAAAUUGACACUUUCAAAAUCAAUACCAAAAUCACCCAAUUUCCAUAAUGAGAAUGUUUGUUUCGAUCCAUCACACAAUUCCACACUCUCCAUUACUCAUCACAUUUUUUCUUUCCUUCUUUACUCACACUCCAUGAUUUCUCUCAUCAUAUUCAUCAUUCAUCAUCACCUUAAAUAGAAACAAACCCUUUUCUCAUUCUCUAUUUUCCACUCAAAACAAGCACUUUCUUCUACUCCAAGAUAUGGGAAACAACUGUGUUGGAUCCAGAAAAACCUCCAAAGAUGAAUUCAUCUUUCCAUCUAUUAAUCUUCUUCCAGCUUCAUGGUCAUGGUCUCACUCCGUUCAGCAACACCCACCACCCGUUUGCAAAAUCGACAACAAAGACUCACAGCCAGUUAUCAUGUUCAAGAAACAUGAACAUGCUAGACCAACCAAUCCAAAACCUAUGAUGAUGUUGCCGAAUAUUAAGAGGGUACCGCCAAAAAGUGCUGGACUUAAAGCAGAGUCAGUUUUGCUAACAAACUCUGGUUGUUUUAGUGAGUAUUAUGAGUUGGGAGAUGAACUUGGGAAAGGGCAAUAUGGUGUAACUUCGCUUUGUUUCGAGAAAGCGACUGGGAAAAGAUAUGCAUGCAAGUGUAUUCCUAAGGUGAAGUUGGUGAAAGGAGAUGAUUUGGAGGAUGUGAGGAGGGAGAUUCAGAUAAUGCAUCACUUGGUUGGGAGUUCGAAUGUGGUAUCGAUUAAAGGGGCUUAUGAGGAUUCGGCUGUUGUUUAUAUUGUUAUGGAGUUAUGUGAAGGGGGUGAGUUGUUUGAUAGGAUUGUUCAAAGGGAUCAUUAUACUGAGAGAAAAGCAGCUAAACUUGCUAGGACUAUUGUUAGUAUAGUUGAGUCUUGUCACUCGCUUGGAGUAAUGCAUCGUGAUCUUAAACCGGAGAAUUUUCUUUUUGUUGAUGGAGAUGAAGAUUCAACUCUUAAGGCAAUUGAUUUUGGAAUGUCUGUUUUCUUCAAACCAGGAGAAAAGUUUAGUGAUGUAGUAGGAAGUGCUUAUUAUAUUGCACCCGAGAUUCUCAGAGAGUGCUAUGGUCCAGAAGCUGAUGUCUGGAGUGCUGGUGUGAUCAUAUAUCUUCUCCUUUGUGGAACAGCUCCCUUUUAUGGUGAAAUAGAUGAAGAGAUAUUUCAUGAGGUUUUGCAUGGUAAACUUGAUUUCUCUUCGGAUCCUUGGCCAAGUAUCUCUGAAAGUGCAAAAGACUUGGUUAAGAAGAUGCUUGUUAGAGAUCCUAGUAAAAGGAUAACGGCACAUGAAGUUCUUUGCCACCCUUGGAUUCAGGUUGAUGGAGUUGCUCCAGACAAGCCUCUUGAUUCCGCAGUUUUGAGUCGUCUAAAGCAAUUUUCUGCUAUGAACAAGCUCAAGAAAAUGGCUCUUAGAGUUAUUGCUGAGAAUCUCUCUGAAGAAGAAAUUUCUGGGUUGAAAGAAUUGUUUAAGAUGAUAGACACUGACAACACUGGUCAAAUUACUUUCGAAAAACUCAAGGCUGGACUAAAAAUGUUCGGCGCUAAUCUCAAUGAAUUUGAGAUUUUUGAUCUAUUGAAUGCUGCAGAUGUAGAUAAUAGUGGCACAAUUGACUAUGGAGAAUUCAUAGCUGCAACAUUGCAUUUUAACAAAGUUGGUAGGGAAGAUAAUUUAGUUACAGCUUUUUCAUAUUUUGAUAAAGAUGGAAGUGGCUACAUCACUCAAGAUGAGCUUCAAAAAGUUUGUAAAGAAUUUGGCAUGGAAGAUGUCCACUUAGAGGAAAUGAUCCAAGAAGCUGAUCAAAAUAAUGAUGGACAAAUAGACUACAACGAAUUUGUUGCUAUGAUGCUGAGAGGCAACGUAGAUUUAGGCAAUACUGGUUCAAAGUGUAGAAGCACUAGCUUUAACAUUGGAUUAAGGAAGAUAGAGGCGCAAUCAGUAUGUUAAGAAAAAGUGGUGUAUUUUUUUUUUCUCUUCCUUUAGAAAGUUAAUUAUCAUUUCCUUUGGUGUAGUGAAUUACGUUUCUUUUCGAAAAUAUCUUAGUAAUAAACUAUCCUUAUUUAAAAAAUUUGAUAGAUUUGGUUCA